AUGGCCGACUCCCUCGACGUGGCGCGCUCCUAUGCUGUUGCACGCAGGCGACACAAGAUGGAGCAAACCGACUCUGCAAAGAUACGGGAGCAGCAAUUCUACUUAUACUACCCGCAGCACUCCAAGUCAGAGGACCUGCUGAGUCGCCAUCCUUCACCCUCGCCCGUCUUGCAUGCCGCAACUCCCCCAGGAACCCCUCCACAGACACAGACGACGGCCGACUAUGUCCCACGCCCGUCCGAAGACAAGGCGUUGACUGCCUUUGCGCAAUUGGGCGCCCUGCGGCUGAAUGCUCGGAGAUGUCUCAUAUCCUUCUUCGACCGCAAGGAUUGCUUCCUCCUCGCCGAAGGCACAAAGACAUUGUCCUUGGAUACCGGGGAGGCAGAGUUUGCCGAGGAUCGCCUGUGUUUUGGCAGUGUCGUCUUUCCCAAGGAGCAAAGCCUGUGUUAUUACACGGUCAACCUUGCCCCCAAGUUCACCAAUCUCCCCCUGGACGACCCGUCCGACUUGCCCUCCCUCGUUGUGAACGACCUCGCCAGGGACGAUCGCUUCAAGGACUUGCCCUUUGUCAAAGGCCCGCCCAAAUCGCGCUUCUACGCUGGUGUGCCCAUUCGAAGCCCAAGCGGACACAGUAUUGGCACCUACUGUGUCCUAGACGAUCAGCCAAGGGAUGGCUUGACACCACACCAGCUUGCUUUUUUGAAGAGCAUGGCCGGCACAGUGAUGCGCCAUCUCGAAAUGACACGAGCCACCGAGGACCAGCGACGGGGUAAAAUCAUGGUGAAGAGCUUGGGUUCGUUUGCCGAAGGGAAGAGCGGGCUUGAGAACUGGUGGCAGGACCCUUGGGAUCUGGCUGAACAGUCAGUCACAGCAGUCAUUCCUGAUACCAUCAAUCUACCGAUGCGUCAGCAGCCCUUCGCUCUUUCGACCGCUGCACUCGAGCCUAUUGUGCUCGACAAGAUUCAGAGUGCAGGCUCAAGCGUGCCCAGCACAAAGAAUUCAACAGUAACAUCGCCAGCCAGUGUUCAGCCUCCAAGUACCGCUACUCCUUGUUCCAUCACCCUCCCCGAGAAUCCACGUCCACUUGUGCCCACCACAACGUCCUCUACUUCGGCCAACAUGCCGACCGACAAUAUCGCGCCCGAAGUACGUGCGACUUUUACAAGAGCCGCCAACAUGAUUGUGGAUGCGACCGAAGCCGAAGGAGUUUCCUUCUUCGAUGCCAAGAUCAGCACAUUUGGAGGGCUAGUCGAUGAUGACUUUGAUCCUGAUAUCUUACCUGAACCUGACAAGCCAUGCGUGCUUCUUGGAUCAGCCAUCUCCAAGACAGCGCGAGAAUCGGAUUCCCAGUCUGCUAACGAUGUAGCCAUGUCGGAAAGCGUGCUCAAGCAUCUUUUGCGACUGUAUCCGCACGGCCACAUUUUCAACCUUGAUGACGACAUGGCUAUGUCAGCUUUCAAUUCACCCUCCGCGGGCGGUGGGGACCUAGAACUAUCGGACGGGUUCCCAUUUACGACGGCGCAGAAAUCCGAAUCCAUGCGAAGCAUGGAUGACGAAGCUUAUCUAAGAACUGUAUUUCCGAAAGCGCGAAGCCUCGUGCUCUACCCGCUUUGGGAUCCCCAUCGCGAUCGAUGGUUUGCCAGCGCUGUCAUUUGGAGCUCAGAUCCAAAGCGCGUCUUUACAAGUGAGCAGGAACUGAGCUAUCUGGCAGCCUUCAGCAAUUCAGUCAUGGCCGAGGUCGCACGUCUGGAUACGAAACUAGCAGACGCAGCGAAAGCCGACUUCAUUUCGUCAAUCAGCCAUGAGCUGCGGUCGCCCUUGCAUGGCAUCCUCGGAAUGACCGAUCUUCUAAAGGACUCCUACAUUGACAACCAACAAGUCUCUCAUGUUGCGACUAUAGAAACAUGCGGCAAGACACUUCUAGAGACUAUCAAUCAUGUGCUGGACUUCGCCAAGAUCAACAAUUUGACCAGGGGAGCUUCUAAGCGCCAGAAGAAACGCACUCAGAACGCGAGACACAUGAUCAGUCCUGGACAGCCUCACACUAACGAUAUCAUGACUUUGAUCAAUGAUGUCGAUAUGGGUAUACUGACUGAAGAUGUCGUCGAAAGCGUCUUUGCCGGCUACACAUACGCCAAGACAUCAGCUCAGACUUACGAAUUAUCUACACCCACAUCGAACAAACCGAAGCUCUCUGUUGUUCUCGACAUCAACUACAGCGGAAAUUACGUCUUUCGAACCCAACCUGGGGCCUGGCGACGAGUGAUUAUGAAUCUUUUUGGGAACAGUCUGAAGUAUACGCCCAGCGGAUUCGUCAAGGUGAAGCUGGAGGUGAAGAGAAAGCCUGGUGCCCUAGAGGACCGGUGCGAAUUUAGAUUCUCUGUCACCGACUCAGGCAUCGGCAUGUCCGAAGAUUACAUCAACAACAGGCUUUUCCAUUCGUUUGCACAGGAGAAUCCUCUUAGCCAAGGCACAGGAUUGGGUCUAAGCAUUGUCAAACAGAUUGUGGAGUCCUUGGGGGGCGAGGUCGAAGUACGCAGUGAAAAAGGAAGGGGUACUAAAUUCAUGGUCAAGUGUCCAUUGAAGGAGUCGAGCAUGUCACCAUCAUUUUGCCCCACCGGGUCGGAGCAAGACAAGAAAAGACAAUUACAGGCUAUUGCCAAACGCACCAAGGGCUUGAAGGUGGCGUUCCGAGGGUUCAAUACUGAAGAGGAUCAAUACGUGGAGGGUUUGAAGACCAAGUCCGCUUCCAAGCUAUCGCUAAAGGCUCUUGACAGUCUGUGUACUGAUUGGUUCGGCAUGUUCAAGUGCGAAGAGGGUGACAAGGCAACCAAGCCGGACCUGAUUAUUGCGACUGAAGCCUGCGCCAAAAUUCUGCGCUCUCAUCAAAAUCAGAAACCCAAGGACGCGUCAGAAGCCCCGCCCGUUAUCGUUGUUUGCCCAGGCGCAGCGGCUGCUCAGUCCACAACAGCCAUCACGGUCCCUGGGAUCGUGUUUGAAUGUAUCAGUCAACCUGUUGGCCCACAUAAACUCGCCAAGGCUUUGGGUUCGUGUCUCGAUCGCCACACCGACCGUCAAGAUGAGCUGAAAUCCGGAACUGGACCCCCUGCACCAAAGAUUGUUGAACUCGAUCUCAAAGAGAACGCAGAUCGGCACCGGACUGAUCAAUUCACUUACUUGCGAGACGGUUCUCGGCCGAAUCUUAGCUCGAUCAACAGUGCCCCUGAGAUUCGCUCUGUAGGACACUGUCCUGUGAAGAAGUCCAUCUACUCGGCACCCACGCGUGCACUGAACUGUCUUUGUGUAGACGACAACCCGAUCAAUCUACGUCUACUGCGUACCUUUGUAGACAAGUUGGGACAUCGCCAUGUUCUUGCUAUCAACGGUCUCAAGGCUCUCGAGCAUUACAAAGCUGCACAUGAGCCCCCACUCUCGGAAGACGAAUCAAAUCGCGUCGAUGUCAUCCUCAUGGACAUCAACAUGCCCGAAAUGGAUGGCCUCGAAGCCACGCGUCAGAUUCGUGCCCACGAGAUUCGGAACAACUUGCCCAAGGUCACUAUUAUUGCUUUGACCGGCGUUGCGGAUACAGACAUCCAGCAAGAAGCCAAUUCGAGUGGUGUAAACCUGUUCCUCAUUAAGCCGGUGCGACUUGGCGAUCUGGAAGUCAUUCUCAAGGGUGUGGUCACCGGGCAAGACAAGGCCGAUUUAGAGUUCGAGCAAGAGAAGGAGAAGCAGAAAGCCUUGAACGCAGCUAGAUUGCGAGCGACAAGUGAUGGCAAUGAAAAAUCCAGACUUGUCAGCGUGGGUGUCAGAGCGAUCAGCGAGAACGAUCCUGUGCAGAAGACUGUCCGCAAUCAGGAAAUCAAGCGCUUAUCCAUGGGCUGA